AUGGAUAUUCACUGCAAAGCAGACCCCUUCUCCGCCAUGCACCGUGAGUCUCAUACAGGGCAUGGCGGAGUGAACCAGCUGGGCGGUGUUUUCGUGAACGGCAGGCCGCUACCGGAUGUCGUGCGCCAGAGAAUCGUGGAGCUCGCGCACCAGGGGGUGAGACCAUGCGACAUAUCACGACAACUGAGGGUCAGUCACGGAUGCGUCAGCAAGAUCCUGGGCAGGUACUAUGAAACUGGCAGUAUAAAGCCCGGAGUGAUCGGUGGCUCCAAGCCAAAGGUGGCGACUCCAAAAGUGGUGGAUAAAAUAGCGGACUAUAAGAGACACAACCCCACCAUGUUUGCGUGGGAGAUCCGGGACCGGCUGCUGGCAGAGGGCAUCUGUGACAACGAUACGGUGCCCAGUGUCUCCUCCAUCAACAGGAUUAUUCGCACUAAAGUUCAACAACAAUACCAUCCUUCUCCUGACGGAACGUCUCUCACGACACCAGGACACACUAUAGUCCCCAGCACAGCAUCUCCUCCAGUAUCAAGUGGAUCCAGUGAUCCAGUGGGUUCAUACUCUAUCAAUGGCAUUCUGGGCAUCCCUCGCUCCAAUGGAGAGAAGAGGAAAAGAGAUGAUGAUGGUUCAGAGGGCUCAGGGCAGAACAGUGACUCCCAGGGCAGUGUGGAGAGCCUGAGGAAACACCUACGCGCAGAUGCCUUUACCCAACAACAGCUGGAGGCCUUGGAUCGAGUGUUUGAGCGACCAGCCUACCCUGACGUCUUCCCCAGCACAGAUCACAUCAAACCAGAGCAGACUAGUGAGUAUGCCCUUCCUGCACUGAACCCAGGACUGGAUGAGGUUAAACCCAGCCUGUCCUCCAGCAGCUCCUCAGACCUGGGUGCCAGCGUGUCCCAAAGCUACCCUGUAGGUAGAGAUAUGGCCAACACAACCUUACCUGGCUAUCCGCCUCAUGUCCCCCCUACAGGACAGGGCAGCUACCCAACAUCCACACUGGCUGGAAUGGUUCCUGGGAGUGAAUUUUCAGGGAAUCCCUACAGUCACCCACAGUAUACAGCAUACAAUGAGGCGUGGCGCUUCAGCAAUCCAGCCUUACUGAGUUCCCCUUAUUAUUAUAGUGCAUCCCGAGCCUCUGCGCCACCAGCUGCUGCCGCUGCUUACGACCGCCACUAG